AUGAAGUCUAGCAAUGAAGAAUCAACGGUCCCGAAGAAACGAAGAGAAAGUGAAGACAGUGAAGUACAAGACGAACAUGAUAUACCGGUUAAAAAGGAAUUAAAAACAGAAAUAAACACAACCACAGAAGAUAAUAUGGACUCAGACUCAAGUAGUGAUUUUGAAAGGCCAACGACAAAUGUGGAGAGACAAAUGGAAUUUGGAGAUAUCCUAAAAGAUUUUGAUGAUUUAAAUGAACCAGCUUGUAUGGACAGAAUACUGAUGUAUCUAGAAGAAAUCAAAGAUGAAGAUUAUUUUUUCAUGGAGUUAUUAGUAGACAAAUUAAAAGGUGAGACAAUAACAUGGGAACAACCGUGGUAUCAGCAGUCAAAUUCUCUUUCAAGGCCAUUUAAAAAUAAUAAAAAUGAAAACCAUGCAGAGCCUUAUAGAACAGACACAAUCUGCAAAGCUGAAAGUGAUUUGAUAGAAGACAACUGGCGUCAAUUCAAGAAGCUAUAUGAAGUUCCUGAUAAGUUAAUAUGUUUGGCUCGCUGGAGGAAUAAAGAAAAAAGUAGAUUACCAAACACACCUGAAGAGCAAGCAAGACGUUUUGUAGUUGCAUUUUUGGCGCGUGGCUUAGAAAGAACAAUAUAUCAAGUAUUCAGGCAUAUUGUAAGCCAUUAUGGUGGGGCUGUGAAAGGGCCCUACUCCUCAGAUGAAGAAAAGAUCAUGAAAGUCUGUUUCACACAUCAUCCUAACCAUGCAGUCACAUUAUUGUCAAUGGUUUUGAGUAGAGAACCUAGGGGAAUAUACAAAAGAUUGCAGCAAAUGUUCAGUGGAAAACCAGAGAAGAAGAAGAUUAAAUGGUCGUUGUCAUUGGCAACUAGAUUUGUGAAGCUUUUGCUAAAGUACACAAAAUUGCCUUUAGAAGAAUUGAAAUAUAGGAAAAUUGAUAAAGAAGUUUGGUUGAAACUAGAAAAGAAAUUUGAUCAAAAUUAUAUACACUUACAGAGCUUUUGGUAUCAGACUCUUCAUGUCCAGAUUUAUGUAAAACAACCUCUGAAAAUUAAUAAACUAAGAAAACACGUAUUCCAAAGCUUACUUUCAUCAUCAUAUCAAGUAUGGACAGACAUUCGAUGGAAAGACCUAGUCAAGCAGUUUCCAGAUGGAAUAACACACAAAUUUUUAUAUGGUAUAUGUCGAAGUGUGGUAUGUAAAAUUCCGGAAUAUUUGAAGAAACCCCUACCUGAAGUUGCAGAAUACGCAAUAGACAAAAUCGAGAAUCACUCAUUUCGGAAACGUCGUUUGAAAACCUUACAAUUUGAUGAAAAUGGAGAAUUAGAAAUAGGUGGAUAUUAA